UAUCUGAAUUAUAAAUAAUAUUCUGACAAAGCCACGUCAUGUUUUUCUCUUAAAUUUAAUCCUUCAUUCAUACAGGUGUAAGCGCCUAUUUUCUUUGAUCAACAAACGAAAACUCCUUUUGUUUAAUAACACUGUUGAGUCUUGCUGUAAACUGCACAGUUCUAUUUUAGAUGGCAUUACCGCCGCUAAGAGAGUCGAUAUGGAAAGCGCAGCUUUUUCCUAAAAUCUACUUCUUGGUAUGCUUUUUUGUCUUGGAAUUCAAUAUAAGUUGAAUUACAUAUAGCACAGAUAUUGAAAUCAGCCAUUUUUGGCCACCAGGUUGUGACAGUUUGUAUUUCUAAAGAAGCAGUUACCCUUAUUUCAUGUUAUCAGACGAUUGGGGGUGACAGAGCAACUUUUUUCGUGGCAUUUUAAGACCUUCGUCUAGUCGUUGAUAUCGACUAAGAAUAUACCCGACAUAAGAAGAAUCGUUUAAUCCAUAAGGACGAAAAAAGGAAUAAGCUCAAGGUCAUCGACAAAUGGCUCAUCAAAGAAAAAACAAACACCCUUUCUUUUGCAUUGUUAAUCUGUUCUAAUCCCUAACUCUAUUGUUGGCCUCCUCUUGUCCUUUAUAUGUCGUCGAUUGAAAUAGUGAAAACAGACUUACUGGUAAUCGAUAAGAAAUACCCAUAAUGCCAUUUGGUCGCGCGCAUGUCAUUCGCUCCGAAAACUUUUUGCCUGCUGCACUAGAAUCAACACCUGUAGCUAGUUUCAACUUUGGGUUGUACGCACAAAUCAGCAAACAUUUUAACAAAAGGAUAAACUUUACAUCUUGUCUUAAUUAACUGCGCAAAUAUUUAAAAUUGAGCUCCCACGGUUUGAAUUCCCUAUUAAAGUAGACUUAAUCUUAAUUAAUUCGUAUUAAUUACCUAAAAUAGUUAUCCAUACGCAUAUAAUAUUAAUCUUAUUAUCACAUAGAACGUCACAACGAUAACUUUAUUGAUUUAAACACAGGAAACGUAGGCAAAUUUWGGAAGGCGUUUAUUUUCAUCCAGCGCAUCUUGGCCACAUGCUGUAUUGCAUAAAAGGGCGCGGAAUUUCUCAAUAAAAAAACUAAUUUUCGAGCUAUCGUAGAGGUACCACUGCAAUCGUAAAAUGGAGCUUUGGAAGUCAACUAUUCUAGUACUACUUGGGGUGUGUUUGAACAGCGCUGCACUAACUCGCAACCAAGACGAGUUACUCCAAGAAUUCGAUGAAGGAGAAGUACCGGAAGUAAAAAGAACUACUUACAAGAAUGACAUGACGAGAAAUAACAAAGAAAGUCAGGACUCUGUAAAAAUGAGUAAUUCUGACMAAUUAGUGAGGUCACUWCCGGAAAUGACGUCAAMRUUUGGAGAWAUGACGUCRCCGGAUAUGACAUCAGAGGAUGGAAAGUAUCUCUACGCUCGAWCCAAUARAUUAUACCUYAAGUCUACUGACAUAUCGAAAAAAUUGGCGAAAAAGAUUUAUGAAAACAACAAGAAUAAUCACUGCGCAAACAUCACRCSCAAAAAUGACGGAAAAACUGAUCAACUGUAUUUCAUAAUGCGAUGCAAAAAUAGUGUGCACCACGGAUGCAGAUUCUCUUUCGAUCAGCCAGCUUGYAAGGGGAUUAUAAGUUCAAUAGCUGGAAAAMCAGUUUUGACYGGAUGCGAGUGCACGCGGCCAAUCAAACGGAACUUAUUACAUUGAUAGUUAAUAAUUAAUUAAUGACAACAAUGAAUUUCCUUUGAUGGUUGCAUAUUUCAUUCCCAAUAAACAUGGAGAUCGGGCCCCUUAUUGAAGUCAAUUAGUUUUAAGAAAAAAUAAAUUUUAGAAAAUAAUAUAUGCGAAAUAUUUAUAAUAAUGAGAAUACUCGUUGUGAAUUAAGGAAGAGUUCGUUAUUUAAUAAAAUCUGUUAUAAUAAUAAACAAAGAAAUGUUUAUUUACUUAUCGUGAUAAUAAAGAUACAAGAAUGG